ACAUCGAGGCUGGCUUCUCACUGGAAGCCUCGAGCUGCAUUCCUCUCCAUACACACGAAGGGAGCCGGCGUGGUGAGCGCACUAGUAGUCCGUGACGAGUGAAAAUGUCUUUUAAGUUUUGGAAUUUAACCAUGGCAUGGAUAUCUAACCCAAGGAUCACUUGAAUUUGGCUCUCACCCGUGCUGCUGUGGAUGAUGCUCUGGAUGAAAACUCAGCACACAGAGAGAAAGACACCGGAUCAAUAGGAGCUUUCCCCCUCUUCCCCUUGGCCCAUCCAGCCUCCUUCCAGGGGAAUAUAAGCUAGGACAUAAACGGAUCCGGACUAGGUGCCGGAGUGAACCCACCCACCUCCCCAUCCCUUCCCCCAGAAUUGUCUCCUGCAACCCCCAGAUAUGUGGCCCCUAUUGAGGUCACUCGUUGCCCCACGCCUGGGGAACCUGCUCCUUCUGGGGGUGCUGGUCCUCUUGACUGUCCCGUCCUUGACCAGAGGUCAACCCCAGCCCUUCAAAUCCUUCUCCCCACCAGACUGGGGGCUGACACACCUGGCUAUCCACAACAAGACGGGUGAGGUUUACGUUGGCACGGUCAACUGGAUCUUCAAGCUCUCUAGCAACCUUACCAAGCUGCGGAGCCACAUGACUGGACCCGUAGUGGAUAACGAGAAGUGCUAUCCCCCGCCUAGCGUCCAGUCGUGCCCCCACGACCUUGCCCAGACCACCAACGUCAACAAAUUGCUUCUCAUCGACUACGCCCAGAACCGGCUCAUCGCCUGCGGGAGCACCUCCCAGGGAAUCUGCCAGUUCCUCAGGCUGGACGACCUGUUCAAACUGGGUGAGCCGCACCACCGUAAGGAGCACUACCUGUCCAGCGUGACCGAGUCUGGCACCAUGUCUGGGGUCAUCAUCACAUCCCAGCACGGCCCCGCCAGCAAUCUCUUCAUCGGCACACCCAUUGACGGCAAGUCUGAGUACUUCCCCACGCUCUCCAGCCGCAAGCUGAUGUCCAACGAGGAGAACGCCGACAUGUUCAGCUUUGUCUAUCAGGACGAGUUUGUGUCCUCACAGCUCAAGAUCCCUUCGGACACUCUCAGCAAAUUCCCUGCAUUUGACAUCUACUAUAUCUACGGCUUCAGCAGCGAACAGUUUGUCUACUACCUGACCAUGCAGCUGGACACUCAACUCACUUCGCCUGACGCCUCUGGCGAACAGUUCUUCACAUCCAAGAUCGUCCGCCUCUGCGUGGACGACUCGAAGUUCUACUCGUACGUGGAGUUCCCCAUCGGCUGCACCAAGGAUGGGGUGGAGUAUCGUCUCAUCCAGGACGCCUACCUCAGCCAUCCCGGCAAGCAGUUGGCUGACUCCUUAGGAAUUUCCGAAGACGAGGACAUCCUGUUCACUGUGUUCUCGCAGGGCCAGAAGAACCGGGCCAAGCCGCCCAAGGAGUCAGCCCUGUGCCUGUUCACACUGCGUCGCAUCAAGGAGAAGAUCAAGGAGCGCAUCCAGUCCUGCUACCGGGGAGAGGGGAAGCUCUCACUACCCUGGCUGCUCAACAAGGAACUGGCCUGCAUCAACUCACCUCUCCAGAUCGAUGACAACUUUUGCGGCCAGGACUUUAACCAGCCGCUGGGUGGGACCAGCACCAUAGAAGGAAUACCGCUCUUCAUCGACAAGGAGGACGGCAUGACCUCGGUGGCCGCCUACGAUUACCACGGCAACACCGUGGCCUUCACAGGCACACGCAACGGCAGAAUGAAGAAGAUCCUGGUUAACUCAGUGAGUCCCACGCAUCCUGCUCUGCUCUAUGAGAACCUGGUUGUGAGUGAUGGCUCCAGCCCCAUCCUCCGAGACCUGCUCUUCUCUCCUGAUCUCCAGCACAUCUACACACUCUCUGACAAACAGGUGAGCAGGGUACCAGUCGAGAGCUGUGAGCAGUACACCACCUGUGGCCAGUGCCUGGGCUCCAAAGACCCCCACUGUGGCUGGUGUGUCCUCCACAACAUGUGUUCCCGUAAGGACAGAUGUGAGAGAGCAGAUGAACCCCAACGGUUUGCCUCAGACUGGCGUCAGUGUGUGGAGCUCAGUGUUCACCCCAAGAACAUCUCUGUCACCAUGUCCCAAGUCCAGCUUGUGCUGGAGGCGCGUAACGUCCCUGACCUCUCUGCGGGGGUCAACUGCUCCUUCGAGGGUUACGUGGAGACGGAUGGGCACAUCCAGGGGAGCCGCAUCUACUGCCUGUCCCCCUCGGCCCACAACGUCAUCCCCAUUACCCGAAACAAAGGAGACAAGCGCAUGGUGAAGCUCUACCUCAAGUCCAAGGAGACGGGCAAGACGUUCGCCGGCGUGGACUUUGUAUUCUACAACUGCAGCGUGCACUCGUCGUGCCUGUCGUGUGUGAACGGUUCCUUCCCGUGCCACUGGUGUAAGUACCGUCACAUCUGCACCCAGAACGCCAACGACUGCUCCUUCCAGGAGGGCCGCGUCAACGUGUCCGAGGACUGUCCCCAGAUCCUGCCCUCUACCCAGAUUUACAUCCCUGUGGGUGUGACCAAGCCAAUCACCCUGGCCGCCCGCAACCUGCCCCAGCCCCAGUCUGGCCAGAGGAACUACGAGUGUGUGUUCCACGUGCAGGGAGAGGAGCAUAGCGUCACCGCACUGCGCUUCAACAGUACCAGCAUCCAGUGUCAGAAGACCUCGUAUAACUACGAGGGUAAUGACAUCAGUGACCUGCCCGUGGACCUAUCGGUGGUGUGGAACGGCAACUUUGUCAUCGACAACCCCUUCAACAUCCAAGCCCACCUGUACAAGUGCCCUGCUUUGAGGGACAGCUGUGGCAUGUGUCUAAAGGCUGACCCCAGGUUUGAGUGUGGCUGGUGUGUCCAGGAGAAGAAGUGUUCUCUGAGGCAGGAGUGUGUCCCGCUGGAGAGUAGCUGGAUGCAUGCCACCACCGGCAACAGCCGCUGUGCCCACCCCAAGAUCACCAAGUUGUCUCCAGAGACGGGUCCCAGACAGGGUGGAACCAUGCUGACCAUCACGGGGGAGAACCUGGGUCUGCAGUUCAAGGACAUCCAGACGGGGGUCCGCAUCGGCAAGGUGGCCUGCACCCCCGUGGAGGCAGAGUACAUCAGCGCUGAACAGAUCGUAUGUAAGCUGGCUGAUGCGACAGGUUACCGUGUGCAGGAGGCUCACGUGGAAGUAUGUGUGAGGGACUGCGCACACAUCGACUACAAAGUCGUCUCACCCAAGGCCUUCACUUUUGUGUCUCCCUAUUUCACGCGGGUACAGCCCUCCAAGGGCCCCCUCUCGGGGGGAACUCGCAUCACCAUUGAGGGGAGCCACCUCAACGCGGGCAGCGCUGUGGCUGUCAAGAUCGGCCUCCAUCCCUGCCGCUUCGAGAGGCGGAGUGCCAGGGAGAUGGUGUGUGUGACCCCGGCGGGUCAGAGUCCUGGAGGUACCCCCGUCAUGGUGGACAUCAACUCAGCUGAGCUCAGAAACCCAGAGGUCAAAUUCAACUACACCGAUGACCCCACUAUCUUCAAGAUCGAACCUGACUGGAGCAUCGCUAGUGGCGGCACCAUGUUGACCGUCACCGGCACCAACCUGGCUACCAUCAAGGAGCCCAAGAUGAGAGCCAAGUAUGGGAAAGCCCAAUCUGUAAACAACUGCACAGUGCUCAACAACACUGUGAUGAUGUGUCUUGCGCCCUCUCUGGCCUUCUCUGAGAAGGGUUUCUCAGAGACAGGCAGCAAUCCCGACGAGAUCGGCUUCAUUAUGGACGACGUGCGCACCACGCUUGUGGUCAAUGAGACGUUCAGCUUCUACCCAGACCCUGUGAUCGAGCCGCUCAGUGCCACGGGCCUGCAGGAGCUCAAGCCCAGCUCCCCGCUCAUCCUCAAGGGUAAGAACCUGAUCCCGGCAGCCCCUGGUAACUCUCGUCUUAACUACACGGUGCUAAUCGGUGACACGCCCUGUGUCCUCACCCUGUCAGAGAGCCAGCUGCUCUGUGAGUGGCCCAACCUCACCGGAGAACACAAAGUUACCGUACGUGUGGGGGGCUUUGAGUACUCCCCCGGUACCCUCCAGAUGUACUCUGACAGCCUGCUCAGCCUGCCUGCCAUCAUCGGCAUCGGAGGGGGCGGUGGCCUGCUCCUAUUGGUCAUCAUCGCCGUGCUCAUUGCUUACAAGAGGAAGUCACGGGAUGCCGACCGCACACUGAAACGCCUGCAGUUACAGAUGGACAACCUGGAGUCUCGAGUGGCACUGGAGUGCAAAGAGGCCUUUGCAGAGUUGCAGACAGACAUCCAUGAGCUGACCCAGGAGCUGGACGGAACGGGAAUCCCCUUCCUGGAAUACAGGACCUACGCCAUGAGGGUCCUCUUCCCCGGUAUCGAGGACCACCCCGUGCUCAAAGAGAUGGAGGUACGGGUCCAGGCCAAUGUGGAGAAGGGUCUCACCCUGUUCGGCCAGCUGCUCACCAAGAAGCACUUCCUGUUGACCUUUAUCCGCACGCUGGAGGCCCAACGCUCCUUCUCCAUGCGCGACCGCGGCAACGUGGCAUCGCUGGUCAUGACGGCACUCCAGGGAGAGAUGGAAUACGCCACAGGGGUGUUGAAGCAGCUGCUGUCCGACCUCAUUGACAAGAACCUGGAGAGCAAGAACCACCCCAAGCUACUGUUGAGAAGGACUGAGUCGGUGGCUGAGAAGAUGCUCACCAACUGGUUCACGUUCCUUCUCUACAAGUUCCUCAAGGAGUGUGCUGGAGAACCCCUGUUCAUGCUGUACUGUGCCAUCAAGCAGCAGAUGGAGAAGGGGCCUAUAGACUCCAUCACAGGAGAGGCACGCUACUCACUCAGUGAAGACAAGCUCAUCAGACAGCAGAUUGACUACAAGACCCUGACCCUGCACUGUGUGAACCCGGAGAAUGAGAACGCCCCGGAGGUGGCGGUAAAGGGGCUGAACUGUGACACGGUGACCCAGGUGAAGGAAAAGCUGCUUGAUGCUGUGUUCAAAGGAAGCCCUUACUCCCAGAGACCCAAGGCUUCAGACAUGGACAUGGAGUGGCGUCAGGGCAGGAUGGCCAGGAUCAUUCUCCAGGAUGAGGACGUCACCACCAAGAUAGACAAUGACUGGAAGAGACUCAACACACUGGCCCACUACCAGGUGACAGAUGGCUCAGUGAUAGCCCUGGUGCCCAAGCAGAACUCUGCCUACAACAUCUCCACCUCCUCCACCUUCACCAAGUCCCUCAACAGAUACGAGAGUAUGUUGAGGACGGCCAGUAGUCCAGACAGCCUGCGUUCUAGGACCCCCAUGAUCACGCCUGACCUGGAGAGUGGUACCAAGCUGUGGCACCUGGUCAAGAACCACGACCACUCGGACCAGCGUGAAGGCGACCGUGGCAGCAAGAUGGUCUCUGAGAUAUACCUGACCAGGCUAUUGGCUACUAAGGGUACAUUGCAGAAGUUUGUGGACGACCUGUUUGAGACCAUCUUCAGUACGGCCCAUCGAGGCAGUGCCCUGCCGCUCGCCAUUAAGUACAUGUUUGACUUCCUGGACGAGCAGGCCGACAAGCACUGCAUCUCUGACUUGGAUGUACGGCACACCUGGAAGAGCAACUGUCUUCCUCUGCGGUUCUGGGUGAACGUGAUCAAGAACCCCCAGUUUGUGUUCGACAUCCACAAGAACAGCAUCACGGACGCCUGUCUGUCUGUGGUGGCCCAGACCUUCAUGGAUUCCUGCUCCACCUCAGAACACAAGCUGGGCAAAGACUCGCCCUCAAACAAGCUGCUCUACGCUAAAGACAUUCCCAACUACAAGAACUGGGUGGAACGGUACUACUCCGAUAUCUCGCGGAUGCCCGUCAUCAGUGACCAGGACAUGAGUGCGUACCUGGCGGAGCAGUCGCGGCUCCACCUCAGCCAGUUCAACAGCAUGAGCGCCCUGCACGAAAUCUACUCCUACAUUGUCAAGUACAAGGACGAGAUUCUGACGGCUUUGGAGAGGGACGAGCAGUCGCGGAGGCAGAGACUGAGGAGCAAGCUGGAGCAGGUCAUCAACACAAUGGCCCUGGCUAGCUGAGGACUGACCCUUGCUCUUCUCCUCAUCCUCCUCUUCUCCAUCUUCCUCUCUUUCUCUCCUCACCCAGAGGAAUUUAAACUCAGACAGCGUGGUUUUCAACCCCCCUCCCCCCCAAACAUGUGAUGGAGCUACUGCAAAGGACAGAACAGGGGAGAUUCAGCAGUACUGGGUGGGUGUGUGUGUGUAUGUGUGUAAAUGUGUGUCUAUAUGUGUGUGUGUGUGUGUGUGUGUCUAUGUCAGACCAAGGCACUGGAUGUUUCGUCACACACACACCGAGAGACAGCAUCAUCGGAAAGCAUUUUGAUUAUCGUCGCUGUUGUCAUGUUUUUUGUUAUUUUCUGUUGGUUUUCCUGAGUUUUGGUGUCGCAAAGCCCUGUAUCGUAUAACCAGGAUGGGACAUUUGAAGUGGAAUUCCAUUUUGGCAUCACAAACAGGACAUAACAUUGUUUGGCAUCCUUGGAGCCAAUGGGAGAUAAGCUCCUCAGGUCACAGGUCUCCUGUUGGAAUCGAAGAUCAAUGACUUUACUUUUUUUUCUAAUUUUGUUGUUGUAUUAUUUUUUUGAAAUAAAUGUAAUAAACUGCCCACUGAUCUCUCGCCACCUGUGUUACUGCUGAAUUUGCACAAUUUACAAAUACGUUACCAAGGAAGACUAUAUAGAUAUUAUAUAUAAAUACAACAUUUUUAAGAAACAAAUAUUAGGGUUAAAACAACCCAUCAACGGCAAAACUUGAUAUUUCCAGCAAAAAAAAAAAACGAUGAAAAAAAAAAAGAAGAAACAAAAAGAAGAAAAAGUUGUGCUGUGCCAUGUUUUCUUUUGAUGUUGUUUAGUGAAAAGACAUUUUAUUACAUGGAAUGUGUAUGAUUUAAAUAUGAACAUGCUUAGUGACUGAAAAAUAAUUGUCAAAGUAAUAAAAGAAAAAAAGGUACUUUGCCCCUUAGGGCCACCAUAGAAAUUCCAUCCCAUAAUAUUGUCACAUUUCUGUAUGGGUAUGUUGGACUGAUGCAGUCCUGCGGAAACAUUAAAUUGCAAAUCUGU